GGGAAGCAGAAACCCGUCGAUGAUUUCUUCCCAAAGACCGAUGGCUCGAAAGGGGCCACUGUUGUUGCUACCGGCGAUGAAGCCGAAGGUUCCAAGGCGGAGCUGAAAAGAAAGAACUCCGGGAAAGGCGUCACCCCCUCGGAGAAUAAGAAGCAAAGGAAAGGGGCCGCUGAGAAGAAAGAUGUCCCCGUCGUGACCCUAGAUGAGCAGGUCCCGGUGAUCACUCCUCCUCGCUCCCCUUCGGGCCAUACCAAUGAGGACCUCCGGGAGAAAGAGGUCAUUCGUUUCCCGAUCAAGAAGGGAACUGCGGUGAUGCAUUCCACCCUUAACCCCAUCGAGUUCAUGAGGGGGGUGAUGCCCUCCAAAGACAGGGUCGUGCUGUCCCGGCUGGAUGACGAUGUCCUCGAUUUUAAGAUAGCCAACUAUAGCACCAUGGCUGCCCUCGGUGUUUGUGAGCAGGCUCGAAGGGUGGAGGCUCUGAGGAUUGCUAAGGCCCAGGUCGAUGAAGCCCUGAAGAAAUCCGAUGAGGAGAUGGCGGUCCUCAGGAAAAAGUUUGCUGAUGCUGAAGAAGCCCUUCAGUUGGAGAGGGAGGCCACGGAGCAGAGGCUUAAAGAUGCUGAGGCCAGGGGGAAAGCCGCAGCCGAGGAAACUGCCGCUGUUGCCGCCAAGACCGCCGCCGAGGCCGCCGAUAUUGCCAAGGCCGAAGCGGUAGCUGAAGCCGGGAAGAAGGCCGUCGAGUCUUUUCUUGUCGAGGGCUGGAUGGCAGCUGACCUGGAGGAUUGGGUGGCCUCGGUGGUGGAGCGGAGGGUGGAUACCUGGGUUGGAGGUCCCGGGGCCAUGUGGCUAGCUCAGAAGGGGAAGAGUUACUAUGAGGGCGGUGAGUACUUUACUCAAGCCAACAUCUAUCGGAAGCUGGCUCGGCAUUUCAACAUUGAUCCGAAGGUGUUCAAGCCAGAAGCCUACGGCCUUCCGCCCCUUCAACCUGAUGUGCGGAUCCCUCUACCCGAAGGUGAGGAAAGGGAGCUGCUUGAGGAUUCUGAGCUGGCGAAGGAAGCCGACGAUGAAGAAGUCUUAGAUGACGCUGCCUCCAGGUCUAAAGAAGGCGAUCGUGAAGCUGCCCCUUAGGAAAUAUAUGUUUUCAAUUUCUUUGUAAUAGAUCAGUCUUUCAUCGGCUUCGGCCAUUUGUAAACAGCCAUUUCUGCAACUCCCCAACAAUUAUCAUGAAUG